AUUUUUUUGGUGACAAAAACAAAAACAAAUCAAAUUGAACGAGCAAAAAACACAACGAAAAAUUCUGUGCAAAUUCUAACGGACAAUCGAAAUUCGAAACGAACCCAAAAACAAAAACAAAAAAAACAAUGGAGCACAUUAUAAAUCCAUUCAUGUCGUCCGCUUAUCUGCUGGGACACCCGCAUGCCCAUCCCCUUCCCCACUCGCACUCGCACAUUGGUGCCAAGUCGCCAGCCAGCUCGCCGGGCACAGGGGGCGCCGCGAGCAGCAGCAGCAGCAGCAAGUCCAGCUCGCACGCCAACUCGAAGCCGAAGCGCUGGGGCUCGCCGCCAAUCAACUUGGCCGGCCAGUUCAUCAAUCCGGCGACGGGCAAGAAGCGCGUCCAGUGCUCCAUUUGCUACAAGACCUUCUGCGACAAGGGCGCCCUCAAGAUACACUUCUCGGCCGUGCAUCUGCGCGAGAUGCACAAGUGCACGGUGGACGGCUGCAACAUGGUGUUCAGCUCGAGGCGUUCGCGCAAUCGGCACAGCGCCAAUCCGAAUCCGAAGCUGCAUUCGCCGCACAUUCGUCGCAAGAUUUCACCGCAUGACGGACGCACCGCUCAACAGUUUCCCGUGUUCCCGGCGGCUGCGGCUGCGGCAGCUGCAUUUCCGGGCCUUCUGCCGCCGCCACCUCACCAUCCGCAUCAUCCACACCAUCCGCAUCAUCCGGCCGUCGGCUAUGGCCCCGCGGCUGCGGCGGCUCACGUCAUGUUCGGCGGACAGUCGGGUCUUCACAAUCUCGGCCUGCUCACAGGACGCACGCAGCACGAACGGCUCUUUGCAGAGGCGAGCGCGGACAUCGAUGCGGACAUCGAUGCGGAUGUGGACGGUGAGGGCGAUGCGGAUGCGGAUGCCGAUGCCGAUGAUGAGGGCGUCUAUGUGUAUGUGGACAUGCAUGCCAACAGCUCCAGUCCAGCUAGUCAGGACUGCCACAGCGAUGCGGAUGCGGAUGCAGAUGCCGAUACCGAGGCGGAGGCUGAGGCGGAGCUGCACUGCAGCCUGAGCCUGGCCAGCAACACCAACAGUCACACCAGCUUCGAUGAGGAGGACCGCACGGAGCAGCCGCUCGACUUCAGCUUGCACAAGCGACGCGAGCCAAAAUCGGAGCGGGAACGGCAGCGUGAACGGGAGCCACAGCCACGCUCAGCGCCCGAGCCGGAGCAGGAGCUGUGCGAGCGACGCGUCAAGCGUUCGCCCAGCCCUUGCGGCGGCAGCGGCUUCUCCAUGGAGCGCCUGCUGGGCAAGCGUCGCCGGCACGACAGCUGUGCCUCCAGCUCCCAGGAGUCGACGACGACGGCCAUCAAGAUGGAGCUCGAGCUGGACAGCGACAGUGCCGACGCGCAUACACAUGAGCGCGCCCAAAGCGCCCAUAGCAUUGACCAUGCCCACGAUUUGUCGGCGCCGCUGGCAGCACGCAAACACCUGCCGAGCAGCAGCAGCUGCUCGCCCGCCGCCGCCCACGCGCUCCCAGCCACAGCGAACAGCCCCCAGCCCAUGCCUAUUGCCAGCGUCAAUUCGAUUGCCGUCGCGGGCCAUGCGCUGGCGCCCUCGCCGCCAGCCAUGCUCUUCGGCAUGGAUCUGGAGGAGCAGCAUCAUUUGCGGCUGCUGCAGACGCAAAUGUUUGCGGCCGCAGCGGCAGCCGCCGCCAGCAACAGCGCCGCUCAGUCGCCCAGCGCAGCCGCCGCGCCAUGGAAUCUGCUAUCCGAGGUCUAUCGCUCGAUGCUGCUCAGCAGCAGCAGCAGCAGCAGCAGCAGCAGCAUCGGCAGCAGCCUGAAGGCGCCCCAAGCGGCGCCAACGACGCCGCAGUCAGCGCAGUACAGCGACAUGCCGCCCACCAAUGCCGCCAUCUCCGUCUAAGGGAUCGGCGUGCGCCCCACCACGCGCAGAUCAAGCAAUUAGAAGCGAAACAAUUGAUAAGCAGCAAUCCACGCCCCCAUUUUUUUCUGUGUAUUUAAGUUGAGCAUGCAGCCAUGAA